ACUCCCAUGUCUUCACCACUAGUAGAAAUUGACCCCAAGACAUAUUCAGACAUACAAACACAGAGUCUUGCUCGUUUAUUGUUUGAUACAAAGGAAGCAAAUAAGUCUCUAAAGUUUGAAGUUGAUGAUCUCAAACAAAAGCUGCAUGAUGCAGGAGGUGAUAUCAAGUUGCUGCGAGAGCAGAUUGUCAGAUCAAGAGUGGGUACGACUGAUGAAGGGAUGAACACUCGUCACUUUCCUGCACAUGAACGAGAGCACCUAGUGAAACAGCUUGAAGUCAGUAGGGAGGAGUUUGUUCAGCUUGAGAGGGAUCUACAACAAGUGCUAGAUGAAAAAGAGGAGCUGGUUACAGAAAGGGAUGCCUAUCGCACCAAAUAUGAGCGCCUGAAUACAGAGCUGAACUACAUUCUUGGUGGAGAUGAAAAGAGGAUUGUUGAUAUUGAUGCUCUCAGCAUGGAAAACAA